AACGACAGAUACAUGAGUGAUAAGUACAUAGUUACAUACCAGUACAAUGACAGCUGCGCAUACUCUAACAUCUAUUGUGACAUUGACAUCAAUGAGAAAAUGCAGGCCUGCAAGAUGCAUAACAGAUUCAAAUAAAGAGACACAAGAAGUGAGUCCAGAUGAAAGAAUGAAAAUAAGAGUUCCAGAGAUAGUAAAAAUAAUGUCAUUGGGAAAAAAUGGCAUUGGGAUAAAAGUUUGCAUAUAUCUAUUAUUUGUAUAUAGUACAGAAAAUUUAAAAAAAUGA